UCCUGAACGGUUAAACCUAACCUCUCCUUCACUUCUUCUUCUUCUUCUUCCUCUUCAUAACCCCCACCCACCCUCCAUCCCUCAACCGUUUCAAUUACACCCAUCUGCAUCACUUCAAAAUUCAAAUCCUCCAAAAUCUCAAAUUACAUUUCAUGGCGACAUCAGACGACGGCGGAGGAGGAGUAGUAGGAGGCAAGAUCAAGGGAUCCUGGAGCCCACAAGAGGACGCCACCCUCAUGAAACUGGUGGAGCAACAUGGACCGCGCAAUUGGUCCCUCAUCAGUUCUAGUAUCCCAGGCCGAUCUGGAAAAUCCUGCCGUCUCCGGUGGUGCAAUCAGCUCAGUCCUGACGUGGAGCACCGUCCAUUUACUCGUGAAGAGGACGACGUCAUCGUCAGAGCACAUGCAAUCCAUGGCAACAAGUGGUCAACGAUCUCCAGGCUCCUCCCUGGCCGCACUGAUAACGCGAUUAAAAACCACUGGAACUCCACUCUCCGCCGACGAGGCGUCUCAAACUCCGGCUUUGCCGUUGCCGUUGCCGUUGCGAAACGACCACUCACAGAUGGAUCCAGCGAGUCAACCCAGUCGGAUCAUCUUCCUGCAUCCAAGAAGCAAUGCUCCCGUAACUCCGACCACAGCAGUUGCGACGGACCUCCGACGGCUCUGACGCUUUUGCCACCCGGGGAUAUCAAAAUCAAAACGGUGGAAGAACAAGUAAUAACAGAAAAGAACGCAGAGGUGGAUGAUGACGUGGAGGAGAAGUCGACGGUGGAGAUGGAGAACACGUGUCUGGUAACGAUCAUGAAACGUAUGAUAGCAGAAGAGGUUCGGAUUUAUAUCAACGAACUAAGAUCCAAAGAAGGGCAUCCUCCGUCUUAGUUCAAAGUAACUGAAACGUUAAUUCCCAUUUUCAUCUUUUAUUUUACAUUUCAGGUUUAGAUUAUUAAAUUCAAUAUAAUAUUUAUGAAACAAAAAAUAUAUAUAAUAAGAAUAUUUAAAAACUUUUAGAUUGUAGGGCUUUACCCAAUUAAGGGAGCCCUUCCAGAAAUUCUCGAUGGCCAAGGGAGACCCAAGGCCAAGGAGGGGGUUUGGAAAUAGUUUUCAACCAGCAAUUGACGCGCCUCGGUUAUUACCUCAUUAGCUGCGUCA